GCUAGCUGUGUGACCUGCGAGCCCCCUGUCUCCGGUGUCUCCUUGAGCAGCAGCAGCAGCAGCACUUCAGUUGUUGCUGUCAGCAGCAGCAGCUGCAGCAUCAUUUCCGAAGGAGACACUUGCAGCAUUCAAGUGUCUCUCGAGUCCCUGCUGCCGCAGCAGCGGCUGCAGCAGCUGCAGCGCGAAAACAGCCACGACGACCCCCAGCAGCAGCAGCAGCAGCAGCAGCAGCAACAGCAGCAGGGGGCCCCCCGGGGGCCCCCCAUAUCUUCGCGGGUGUCUGUGUUCGUUUCGCGCAUCGAAGCUGUUGAACUUGAGGGGCCCUUUUCAAAAGUGUCUCCUUUUUGGAAGUUUUCUUUUUUGAAAAAGUUUUCUUUUUUGAAAAAGUUUUCUUUUUUUGAAGUGUCUCCUUUUUUAAAAGUGUCUCCAAAUGUCCUCACUUUCGAGCCCGGAGACGCUGCAGCAACGAAGGCGUUUCGGGUGCAGUCGCUGGCGAAGAACACCCUAAACUACAGUCGAGACACCUCAAACCCUAGCGCUGGGGUGUACGUACAGCACCACCGGGUGUAUCUACAGCUCAAGUCUUCAGACCCUUUUUGGCAAAAGGAGACAGUUUUUUGGAGCAGCAAAAGUGUCUCCAUUCGCGUGCGGGAGCAGCAAACCCCCGACAUUUUGCUGCACCCCCUGCAGCAGCAGCAAACCCUCAAAAGGGGAGACCAGAUAUCGUACGGCGUGUCUCUGGGUUUCGCGCCGAGUGGGGGCCCCCUGGAGGUUUCUCUUGGGGCCCCCGUGGAGGGCCCCUCUUUGAGUUCUUUUUCUGUUUUGCACACUCUUAAAGGCACCGAAGGCCAAUUGUCUCUUGAAGUCCAAAAAGAAAUUGUUUUUUGGGUGGAAGAAACCGAAGCAAAAGUUUUGUGGGGAGACUUUCCAGCAGCAGCAGCAGCUAUUUUGAACUAG